GGCGAUCUAGAAUUCGGUGUUCUGCGGACGGGAAUAACGCUAGGAAUACCGAGGGUUUGUACUCCUCCCCCGGUAGAGGGCUGGUGGGUGUACGACAACCCAUUGUCUUUAAGGCAAAAGAAGAGGAGGCUUCUCGAUGUGUAGCGGUGCUUAAGGAAACACGGAACCCGAGGCCCUUCGAGUUGUGCAGGAGAAGGUGGAGAAGACAGUCCGGGCUGUCACUGCUCCACAGCCUGGCUCGGACAGCUGGAACAUGGCGGCGGCGGAGUUGGAGUGGAUCCCAGAGACUCUGUAUAACACGGCAAUCUCCGCCGUGGUGGAUAACUACAGCCGAGCGCGCAGGGAUAUCCGCAGCCUGCCCGAAAACAUCCAGUUUGAUGUGUACUACAAGCUUUACCAGCAAGGAAGAUUAUGCCAGCUUGGAAGUGAAUUUUGUGAACUGGAGGUCUUUGCCAAAGUUCUACGUGCUGUAGACAAACGACAUCUGCUUCACCACUGUUUUCAAGCAUUAAUGGACCAUGGUGUAAAAGUUGCUUCUGUGUUAGCAUGUUCUUUCAGCAGGCGUUGUUCCUACAUUGCUGAAUCUGAUUCCCAAGUUAAAGAGAAAGCAAUUCAGAUUGGCUUUGUCCUUGGUGGGUUCUUAUCAGAUGCUGGAUGGUAUGGCGAUGCUGAGAAGGUGUUUCAAUCUUGUCUACAGCUGUGUGGUUUUCAAAAUGAGAUGCUACACUGCUUCCGUGCAGUGGAAUGUAGUGUUAGGCUACUCCAUGUAAGGAAUGGCAACUGCAAGUACCAUUUGGGAGAAGAAACCUUUAAACGUGCACAGACCUACAUGGACAAACUGGCGAAGCACAGACAAUAUGCAAAUAAAGCAGCUUUGUAUGGGGAGCUAUGUGCUCUCCUCUUUGCUAAAAGCCACUAUGAUGAGGCAUAUAAAUGGUGUAUAGAAGCUAUGAAGGAAAUCACAAGUGGACUUCCUGUCAAAGUAAUUGUGGAUGUUUUAAGGCAGGCAUCCAAGGCUUGUGUAGUAAAGCGGGAGUUCAAAAAGGCAGAGCAGUUAAUAAAGCAUGCGGUUUACCUUGCACGGGAAAACUUUGGUCCUAAACAUCCCAAAUAUUCUGAUGCGCUCCUAGACUAUGGAUUUUACCUUCUCAAUGUAGAUAACAUUUGUCAGUCUGUCGCAAUAUAUCAGACUGCCCUUGAUAUUCGACAGUCAGUGUUUGGAGGUAAAAAUAUUCAUGUGGCAACAGCUCAUGAAGACUUGGCAUACUCUUCUUAUGUUCAUCAGUACAGUUCGGGAAAGUUUGACAAUGCACUAUUUCAUGCUGAACGUGCCAUAGAGAUCAUUACUCAUAUUCUUCCAGAAGACCAUCUUUUACUUGCCUCUUCUAAAAGAGUAAAAGCACUAAUAUUGGAGGAAAUUGCUAUUGAUUGUCACAACAAGGAGACAGAACAAAGCUGCUUCAGGAAGCGCAUGACCUCCAUCUAUCUUCACUACAGCUGGCAAAAAGCCUUUGGAGAAUUCAAUGUACAGACUGCUAAACACUAUGGAAACCUUGGCCGUCUGUAUCAGUCCAUGAGAAAGUUUAAGGAAGCUGAAGAAAUGCACAUCAAAGCAAUCCAGAUAAAGGAACAGCUCCUGGGUCAAGAGGAUUAUGAAGUAGCUCUAUCAGUGGGGCAUUUGGCUUCUUUGUACAACUAUGACAUGAGUCAGUAUGAAAAUGCAGAAAAGCUUUAUCUGCGGUCAAUAGCCAUUGGGAAAAAACUGUUUGGUGAAGGUUACAGUGGACUGGAGUAUGACUACAGAGGGCUCAUAAAACUUUAUAAUUCUGUUGGCAAUUAUGAAAAAGUAUUUGAGUACCACAAUAUAUUGGCCAACUGGAAUCGGUUACGGGAUCGUCAGUUUUCUGUCACUGAUGCCCUUGAGGAUGUAAACACCAGCCCUCUAUCAACAGAAGAAGUUGUGCAGUCUUUUCUCAUGUCACAGACCAUGGAAGGACAGAAUUGUUAAAAAAAAAAACUACAAACUGAGAAUUGUUUUUUUCCCAUACAACUGGAAAAAUCCAUACUGUGAAAUUGUAAAAACAUUACAAGAAAAGAGAAAUUCUUCUUGGAACAUGGCCCAGAUAACGGAUUUGGGUUGAGUAGAAGGUUUGCUCUGGAAUCCAAUUAAAACCACCUUUUCUACGUGAAGCAGGAGGAAACUGAACUUGUGUUUCAAAUUGUUUUGCAGCUCCAUUAGGAAGAUGCAAAUAAAAUUAAUAAGUUUA